CACGAAAACAAACCCAAUGGCAGCUGACGAAGAUGCUGAUGUCUUUGAGAUCACAGAUUUUACUACAGCGUCAGACUGGGAAAGAUAUGUGGCCAGACUAGAGGAAGUUUUACACGAAUGGAAGUUAGUCAACAGUAACCCUCUACCUCCGGCCCCAAGGGGCAGUCUCAGCACUGGUAAAUGGCAUGAGAAGAAAGAAUCCAUCAGUUUUGCUGACUUUUCGUUUCUUGUGACGUACAAGUAUCUGGAGCGAGACGACAUACAGAAAUCUGGAGAAGAAUCCAGACCAAGUCCUGAUGAUGAAUCUGAAGAAAAGGAAAGUUCAGAGGAGGCUUUACCCACAGUCAUGGCCGACAUGAUGAGUUUGGAUAAUGACUUCCCAUCAAAAUCACACUGUCUUUCAAGAUGGUUUGGCUUACAAGAGUUUGUUGUCAUUACACCCUCCCAGUCGUCUGCUGCAAUAGAAUCAGAGAGUAGGAUAAAGAUCCUGCUCAGCUCAGUCUCCAUAGCCCUUAACAACACAGGAAGCCCUGUGCCAGUGUUCAUACAGAUCCAGCAGUACUGGAGACAGAUGUUCUCUGGGGCCUGUGUACUGCCGGGCUCCUCCAUUGACUUUGAUGUCAUUCACCUCAAGACAGCUCCCCCUCAGUACAGCCAUCUAUCUGGGCUGCUUGAUGUCUUCAAGGCCAAAAUGGCAACACAGGUGAUGCCAAGACCCACAGUCAUGGUCGCUGUGAGGUUCACCUACAUUCUGACAGAGUGGCACAAUUCUACCUGGCCCCAAGAACCACCAGUUUAUGUACGGGUGAAUUCUAAAGAUUUUUCAUCCCCUAUGGAAGAUGAGGUAGGCUGUUCAGAUUUUGGGAAUCUUCCAUUUGGAGCUUCAGAGGAUCCUGUAAGUGAGAUGCAAUUAGCAUGCACCUGGCCUAGUUUGUCAGAAGACAUGAUUGUUGAGAACCAAAACUACAGUGACCUUGACCCAAUGCAGGCACCACAGUGGGCUGUUCGCAUCAUCAUGACAGAGGACCCAAACUGUCUUCUUGGCAAAUACUUGAGUGAGUUCCUGAAAAUUUCACACAGAAAAGAGACAGUUGAGGAUCUACUGUGGAACUUAUUGUCCAAAGAGGACGAUGACCAAACAGGAGAUAUUAGUCAGGCCCUACAUAAAUUAACAGAGCCCAAAGUGGCCAAAAUGUACAACAUUCCCUCCCUCAGUAAUGUGGUACACAGUGCCAGUAGUAGGCUGGCCAUCAAACCAGGACAGGCCCCCAUUAAUGGCGAUACCCUCACUACUCUAUUAGAGUUUUUGUUUCCUGAUGCAAAACCAGUAUCAGAGAAAACUGACAAAGACGAGAGUGAAACAGAAAGUGACAAACAGAGCUCUAAAUACUCUUCUAUAAUUGAGGAUUUAUCCAAACAGCUGAAGUCUGCCCCAGACGACAGUCUGUUACAUAAUUUGGUGACCGCUCUGGUGAUGGUGAACAUGCACCACGGAGGAAUUCGAGGUGUGGCCCAGUUAUGGCAAGAGUUUGUCCUAGAAAUGAGGUACCGGUGGGAGAACAAGUAUCUAAUCAGUGGAAUAAGCCCAGGAUCACCAAACUUGGGAACAUGCCUACUCUACCAAAAGUUACAAAUGCUGAAUUGUUGCAUUGAGAGAAAAAUCAAGAGGGAACAGUUGUACAAAGGCUACACAGGGCAGUCUUUGGAAGAGCAGAAGGACUCAGAUAGUGAGGAAGCCGUAUCUAGUCAGUUAACCACCUCAGACUCUGAACCUUGUGCUGCACCAGAAGAAGAACAGAGUAAAGAAAGUGGAGCUAGUGGAACUACUGCAACAGUCAGCAAAGAAUCUACCGAGCGCUUGCAGCAAUCCAGGAAGGAGCAGCAAAAACAGACCAGCAGGAAGGAGAAAGAGGGCAUUCCAGCUAAGAGACCACAUCUAGACAGCUCUAGUGAUGAUGAUGAGUUCUUUGAGUGUGAAGAUGAAGAUGAGGAGAAAGAUGAAGAAGAGGAGAAUGAAGAAGAUGGUGAAGAGGAGGAAGAGGAAGACAAUGAGGAGGAUGAAGAGAUGGAAGUUGAGACAAUCAAAGCCAAGGAAACAACAACUCCUGAAGGAGAGGAGGUUUCCAUGGAAGUCUCAGGGACGAGUUCUUCCUCUUACGUGGAUAGCAUCACUCACAAACCAGAGGGACGGCUGGCCAAAUCUGGGGAUCUGAAAUUGCUGAACUCGGAGGAGCCAUUGUACAUUCCCAUCACCCAGGACCCCUCCCCAAUGACAGAGGACAUGUUGGAGGAACACGCUGAAGUGUUGGCCAGACUAGGAACAUCGUCAGAAGGAGCCCAGCUGAGAGCUAGAAUGCAGAGUGCCUGUCUGGUGUCAGACAUGGAGUCUUUUAAAGCUGCCAAUCCUGGCUGUACGAUUGAGGACUUUGUCAGGUGGUAUUCCCCAAGGGACUGGAUAGAGGAGGACGAGUCAACAAAAGAAAACCCCAUAGGCCAUCUCAGUACAAGAAUGCAAAUCCCUGGAAACAUAUGGUCCGAGGCCUGGCAAAGUGCCAAACCAGUGCCAGCCAGACGACAGAAGAGGUUGUUUGAUGACACGAAGGAGGCUGAAAAGGUGCUACAUUUCUUGUCUGCAAUGAAGCCAGCUGAUGUUGUGGUUCAUUUACUGCCCUUGUUGUUACAUUCAUCUAUAGUCAAUAUCAUUAGCAAUGAGGAUUCAGAUGUCCCAAAAGUCAAGGAAAUGAUAGAACAUUUGAUAUCAAAGUCUUCUAUGGUCACCAGAACUCCUCAUCAAGACGUCAGAAGAUAUGAGGACUUGGUGAAGCUGAUCACUCUGACAGAGACUUUGAUAGCACGGGCAACCUCCUUAAAGGCCAAGUUCCCCUCCUCCCUAGUGGAGAGCUCCAGUGGAAAAGAGGAAGUGGAGAAGUUUAUCGGUGACCUCCUCCACAUUAACGAGGUCCCCAUCAAUGGUGGACCCACAGGGCCAGUGGGAAACAUGAUCCACAAACUCUUUGUGGCUGCACAGCGGGACUUGCACAUGGUGAUGGACGAUGAAGAGAACAAAGAGGAGACCAGCAGUAACACCGUACCCGACUUCCCCCGCCCCUCGGCCAGGGAGUAUAUUCUGAGGACAGCUGCACCAAGACCAGCACCUUACUCCAAGUCUCUGCCGCAUAAAUUGACAUGUUCCAUUAUUGAGGGGCAUGAAUUCAGACUCGCUGGAGCGUUUGCUUCUGACACGAUAUUUCAGUGAUCAUUUGUAAAUAUUUGUAAUUUUUUAAAUAAUGUAAGAAUUUGUAGUAUGAUCUAGGUUUAGGGAUUUUGCUUUGAAUGACUAGGAACUAGAAGAGUGCUGGAUACAGAUGCACUAUAAUUGCUGACUCUACAAUGUAAAUAAAUGUAUGAAUGCAUGAAAUUUGUCAACUAUGGGCUGGUCUUAAUCAAUGUAGACUUACAAGUCUAUUUAUUUUCACUGUUUUCCCAUUUAAACUGUUGAUAAGAAACAGUAUCUUAUUUAUUGUAUAAAUCACCAGCAUUAUACAUACGGCACCUAUAUUGUAUGUACAAUGCCAGUAUGUUGUACUUCACACAGGGACAUAUUAUCAUGAAUAUGUUCUUUAUGAAAUAAAAACUUGUAAUGAUAGUCUUGUA